AAUAAAAAAACUGCCUCACACCUAUCCGUUAAUGUUUCUAAAAACCUUCAACCCUUACUUAGCACCGAAGUCUCUACAGUUGAAACUCCUGCUAUUGAUAAUAAUAAUAAAGAAACUACCUCACUUCUAUCUACUGAUAUUUUUGAAAGACUUCAAUACUUACUUAAUACUGAAGUCCUCACGGUUGUAGUUAAAACUUCUGCUAUAAAUAUUGAAUCUGAUUCUGAUAACCUCUCAUCUUUACUUACUACCAAAGUCCUUAUGAUUACUGAUCUUGAAUUAACUAAUACCCAAAGUAAUCUGAAUUUUCAUCGUGAUAAAACUAAAUGUCAUGAUAUGGCUCCUGAUAUAGCUGCAAUAAUGGUAGGUAAUGGUCAUGAGGUAAAUCUAACGAGUUGUGAUAUUCUUCUUAGAACGCAUGAUGGAAAUUUGCAGAGAAUAUCAGAGUUUCAUCUUUUAUAUAACCCUCUCCACUACAUAUUAUUAUUCUCUAAAGCUUAUAUACAAUUACAAGAUUUCAAUGAUGCAAGUGAUGUCUCUGCUGUAAUUGAACAUAAAGCUCUUACUCGAUUAGAAAAUAUACUUUUACUAAGUAGAAAAUCUUUAAAAGAUUUUCCUGAUAUGCCAAUUCCCCCUAUCACUUCAAAUAUCAGUAAUAAUAAAGAA